GGGGGGGGGCGGGAGGAAAUGGGAAAGUUAGACGAGAUCGUCCGCAUUGCCAAAAAGAUGGAUAAGAUGGUGUCAAAGAAAAACACGAAUGGUGCUGUCGAUUUAUUGAAGGAACUCAAAGGCAUACCUAUGACUUUGGAUUUACUGCAGUCCACACGUAUUGGUAUGUCUGUAAAUGCUGUUAGAAAACAAAGCACAGAUGAAGACAUCACAACGCUUGCCAAGUCGCUCAUUAAAUCAUGGAAAAAGUUGCUAGAUGGCCCAGCGGGAGAUAAAGAUUCAGAAGAUAAGAAAAAGGAAUCUUCAACUGAGUCCUCUUCCUCACAAAAUAGCCCAGAACCAACAGAGCAAAGCUCAAGUAAAAAACGAGAACCAAGGACGCCUGUUACUCCAAAGAUGACCACGUUUCCACCGAUCCCCAUUACAAGCGACAGUGUUCGAAAUAAGUGCAGGGAAUUGAUAGUAGCUGCUCUGCAAACAGACAAGGACUAUAUUGCAAUAGGUACAGACUGUGACCAUUUGGCAGCACAGAUUGAAGAAAGCAUAUAUCAAGAAAUACCCAACACAGAUAUGAAAUAUAAAAACCGAGUCAGAAGCAGGAUAGCCAACCUGAAAGACUCAAAGAACCCCAAUUUAAGGAAGAACGUUCUCUGUGGAAAUAUUUCACCGGAACGGAUUGCCAGCAUGACCGCUGAGGAAAUGGCUAGCGACGAACUAAAAGAGAUUCGGAAAGCCUUGACAAAUGAAGCGAUUCGAGAACAUCAGAUGGCAAAGACCGGAGGAACUGAAACUGACCUCUUCAGCUGUGGAAAGUGCAAGAAGAAGAACUGUACUUAUACCCAGGUUCAGACACGAAGCGCUGAUGAACCUAUGACUACAUUUGUUGUUUGCAAUGAAUGUGGCAACCGAUGGAAGUUCUGUUAAAUAAACUCAGAAAACCACGGUUGGAGACGCAGGACCAGUACGAUGUUUUUAAAUUAUAAAGGAUCAUGUAUAUUAAAUCUGUUUUGUUAUAAGAUGGUUGUGUAAGUAAAUAUUCCUUGAUGCAAGCAUACGCAUUUAAAUACUCUGCUAAUCUUUUACACAUUUUAAUGGAGUUUUGGCUAUGAUCAAUGUGCUGUAAGGGAAAUUGUGGUUCACUUUCAUCCAUUUUGAGCAUUCUUUAUAUAAUUUAGUUUUCAAUAAUAAAAUGUCAUUGCCAGUAUGGGCUGAAACUGUCCACAGAUUUCUUUUACAUUCAAACCCACUGCUGUGUGGGUUGUUUAAUUUUGCCAAAAUGCUUUUUUUUGUGCAUUGUAAAAAAAAAUUGUAGCUUUUUUCUAUUAAAUCUGUUAUGGACCAGUAUAAAAAUUGCAUACAAACCAGCUGGAUGGUUCUCACUCCUUGUAGUUGUAAAGACUAAUAAAUUAUUAAUUUUGUGCCUGAAA